UUCUUUCUUGGGAUAGCGUGAUUGUAGAUGUGUUAUCACAAUAUAACACUUUUUUCAUCUCCUGAUAAGGACAUCUAAUAUUAAUUAUCACAAGAAAAAAAAAAUGCUCUCUUGUGAUAAUCCGUGACAAUAUCGCAUUAUCACAAGAAAACUGGCAACAACAAAGAAAAGCUAGGUAAGCUUCCAUAUAACUAUUUAACUAAAACAAAAAGAAAGAGAAAACAACCAGUUUGACAACAGCAAAAGCUGCAAAAAUAUUUUAUCUCAGAGUCAGCCCUCCAAGAUUAGAUUUUACUUUCUUUGUUUGGUGUUUUGAAAACGAAGCACUACUUUUCUAGUUUCUGUUUGUAUCACCACGGUUAUUUGUCAUAAAUAGAAGAACUAUCUUGGCGCACUUUCCCCCCCAGAUUCAGUUUUGUGUGUGUGUGUGUGUGUGUGAGAUCUUCGGACUCUGUGCAGGCAGAGCCGGGAGCUCUGGGCGACAGCUCCUCUCCUGGAUUCUCCCGCGGACUCCACUCCCGGUUUUCCGGGCGUCCGUCGGCUGUUCGCAGCCUCUAGCUGGUUUUUACUCAACUCUGUCCUGAUAUCACUCCGCUCGCAUGGUGGGGAAGCGGACCUGAUUAUUGUGAUGGUGGCAGGAGGCAGUGACUACAGACUUCCGCCACUGCUUCUCGCCCCCUUGUUUUGUGCCAUCGGGGCUUUUCAGUAGUCGCCUCUGGGCCGGACGACCGCUUGUUUUGUUUUGUUUUGAGGGGUAAAAAAGGAAAACAAAACAAAAAAGCAACCUCUUCGCCGGCGCUGCUUUCAAACGACUGAAACCGAGUGAGAUGCAAGUUCACUGGGAAACUCCGGAGCCUGUUCGGUUGCGGCAGCAAAACUUUUUCUCAGCGGAGCAGCCGUGAAGAGGCAGCGGGGAGCGGGCUGCUCCUCUGCGGGACGGCUGCUGGGGCUCGGCGGCUGACAGUCCGCGGACGUUUGGUCGCUUUUUCCCGUGGAGUUGUUGUUGUUGUUCGCAGCGUGGCAGCCCGGCUGUUUUUGUGAGAUUUUUAGCGACUUUAAAGCCCUUUAAACACCUCCGUGUGCUGGCCGGCCGCGCGGGGACCUUUCACCGCGGAGAGGUGGCCGGAGGACGGCGGCGGAGGCGGCGUGCCCAAGUGGGAGAAAAGUUCCUCCACGACCGCAGCCGCUCGGCGCGGUGAUGGGGGACUUCGCCUCCCCCGCUGCCGGACCCAACGGCGGCCUCUGCAUCAACAGCGGCAUGAACCCGGGCAGCGGCGGCGUGGUGGGCGCCGCGGCGGUGGGCAUACCGAAGCACAGCACGGUGGUGGAGCGGCUGCGGCAGCGGAUCGAGGGCUGCCGGAGACACCACGUCAACUGCGAGAGCCGCUACCAGCAGGCGCACGCCGAGCAGCUGGAGAUCGAGCGGAGGGAGACGGUCAGCCUGUUCCAGCGGACUCUGGAGCAGAGAGCCAAGAAGUCCGGCGGCGGAGGCGGCGGCAGCAAGCCCAGCAAACAGCCGGAGCCGGACUCCGCGUCCUCCACGGAGCAGAGGAAUAACACGCUGAUCGCGCUCCAGGAGACCGUCAAGAGGAAACUGGACAGCGCGCGAUCCCCCCUGAACGGAGAGCAGAACGGCAUCUGCGAUGGAGGCAGCUACUCACCGACCAGCAAACGGGUACGGAAGGACGGCUCCGGAGGUCUGGACUCGCUGACGGGCCUCCCGAACAGCAACAGCAACGUGCCACCCAUCUCUCCUCUCCAUCACCAAAUGGACAUCAAGCCCCUAAUCAGCGGGCCCAACACUUCAACUGGAAACAGCAGUACGAACUCCAACGGCACUCUUUCGGGCCGGGCAUCAGACGAGCUGGGAAAGAACGGCAUCAGCCACCUUUCCGACAUGAAGCUGAACGGCUCUUUGGACUUGGAGGACAGUUUUGGCCUCCUGAAAGACCUAAAGCAGGAGCCGCUGGAUGAUGGGGGAGGAAUGGAGUCCUCUGACCCCCAGUCUCUGUCCAAUCAGAAUAAACUGUUCUCCGACAUAAACCUCAAUGACCAGGAGUGGCAGGAGCUGAUCGAUGAGCUGACCAACACCGUUCCGGAGGACGACAUGCACGACCUCUUUAACGAGGACUUUGAGGACAAGAAGGAGGCCGAUUUUGGCCGACCCACAAACAAUCCCACACCGGGUCCGCAGGAAUCUUCUGGGAAUACGACGGCACCCGGAGGGUCAGGGUCGACAGCCGGACUCCCACCUCCUGCCCAGCCUCCGCAGGGAGUCUCGCAGGUUCCCAUUGGUUCACCACAGGUGAGACCGUCAUCAUCUGGUCCUCAGUUUGCGACCACUGCCAAUGGAACACCUCCUCAGCAACCUCUGCAGCAGUCACCAGCGGUUGCUAUGGUUUCCGGCUCGCCAUUGCACAACUGCGUUGCUCGCUCUCCUCAGACGCCAACUCAGGCUCAAACACAAGCAGUGUCGAGGUCUGGGAAUGGAUUCAUGAUGAACCCAGGCCAGGGCGUCAAUCAAGCAGGCGCCGGUCCUGGAGCAGCUAGCGUUGCCCCUGGGGGUCAGCCUGUAGGGCCGGUGACACCUGAACUUUCUCCAGCCGAGCAGCUCAAGGCGAUGGCCCAGCAAUGUGCUAAACGGCUACAUCAGAAGCAGCAGCAAGCAGCGAACUGGUCUCCCGCAGGUGCUCCUACGAGUCCUUACAACUCCGCUCCCUUUAAUCAAGACAAACCCAACAGCCCCAUGAUGUACGCACCGCAAGCCUUUAACACACCACAGGGCGCUCUAGUGUCCGGGAUGGCCCCCAACAAUGGGCCAAAAGCACCCAUGAACAACUACCUCCCUCACAACCACAUGGGUAUGAUGGGUCAACAACAGCCUAACAACAUAAACCAGAACGCCCUGUCCAAGCAGCAGCAGCAGCAGCAAACGGCAGCCAUGUUGUCGUACAGCAACACCAAACCACUGACACAUUUCACUGGCAGCGGGGUGGAUCACAUGGGUCAGAGGAUGACUCCCCCCAUGGGGGGUAGCAGCCAGGUCAAGAACCCUAUGAUGACACCUUACAUGAGUGGCGCGGGAGGUGGCGGGCAAGGCGCGGGGCCAUGCCAGACACAGGGGCCAAUCCCGGGUCAGACAGCCCACCCAAGUGAGGACCACAAGAGGAUUAUGAUGAUGAAGCAGAAACCAAUGAACCAGACCAUGCCCUACAGCUCCAUGCAGCACGCUCAGGACCAAAGUAUGGGAGGAAUGUCACGACCACCUGGUGCCAUACCACCCCCUCACCCUGCAGGGGGUGUCGCCACUGGUGUGGGACCCAACCAGGGGUCAGGACCGCCCCCUGGCUACCUGGCCAACCAGCAGCAGGCAGUUAUGAUGAAGAAGAUGGCCAUGGAGCAGGGGAAGAGGGCGCAGAUGCAGAUGAUGGAGCAGCAUAGGAAGCAGCAGCUGCUGGCCGAGCAGCUUCAGCAACAACAUCAUCUCCCCAGACAGAUGGGCCAAGGCCAGAGGAAUUCAUACCCCCAAGUCAAUCAGUACCAAGGGCCUUCCCAAGAUCUAGCAUCCAGGAACCAGCCUCUCCAGAGCAUUCGGGCUGCACACCUCCUCCAACAGCAGCGACAGCAGCAGCAGCAAAUGGUCCAGAUGACUUCUGUCCAGGGCCAGGGGGGUUCUGUUGGACCUCAGUCUGAAAUGGGACUACCAUAUGGCACCCAGGGAUCGAACCAGAGUUCUCUGUAUGGGCUCAACCCGUCCAUGAGCCAAAUGAUACACCAGCAGCAGCAUCAGAGCCAAAGCGUCCAAGCCUCUAUGGGUCUUCCGCAGCACAACCCCGUGGGGCCUCCUCGGCAGGCGGGUGCAGGUCCUGGCGUUGGAGGCAUGCCUGGGGGCCCCGGGGGUGGCGGGCCUGGGUACGGAGGGCCAGGCAUGAUUAUAAAUUCUAUGACGCAGCAGCCCCUCAAAGGCCCUCCCAAUGCCAAAGCUCAAGCUCAAAGACUGCAAAGCAUGCUGGGUGGUGGAGGGAUGGCCGCUGGUGGAUGGUCGCAGCAGCAAGGACAGAGUCUGCAGGCCAUGGGGGGAGCAGUAGGAAGGACUACAGGGGGAGGAGGCGGAGACAUGGUGGGGUUCAGCUCCGCUCAGGGUUACGGAAUGCAGCCUAAUCAGCCCCCCCGCAUGGCCAAGCAACACUUUCCGGGCCCCGGACAGGCGUUGAGCCAAGGCAUGGACCCCAGGGUGGGGAACCCCGCUGCGGGGAUGGGGGGACCAAUGAUGGGCCCACACAUGGGUGGUCAGCCCAGGACCAACCAGCCCCGACCGAUGGUCAUGAACCAAGGAAUGAACCAGGGGAUGAUGGGCCAGGGAAUGGCCUCAAUGGGGGGGUUCGGGCCAGGUCCUGGAGGGCCAGGAAUGGGGGCGGGGGGAGGAGGCGGCGGUCCGUACGGACCCGUAGGAGUCGGGGUUGGGGGUCAGUCACAGGGCUACCAGAGGACUGCGAAUCAGGACAUGUCGUCGUACGGAUACGGGGGCGGGUCCUCAGACGGGGUAGCGUUCGGGUUGGGGGACGGCUCGGGGGUGGAGCUGGACUCGAGCGACGGUUGGAUGGAGCAGUUGUUCCCGAACCAAUAGCCAAUGAGAACAGAGAGACCUGGACACGUGUUAAAAGAGACGUUUUUGAUUUGUUCUCCCAGAGGAAGGUUCUGAACUGGUUGUGAUCUGUUUUGUGUGUUUGUGUGUGAGAAUGUGUGAGAGGAAAAAAGCUAUCAAUGUCUUGUGCAUAUUAAUGAAAAUCCAAUAUAGAGAUUAAUAGGUGUA